CUAAUAAAUAAUUACAAAUGGCUGACUCAAAUCAGAAUGAUACUUUGUUGUGAAUUAAUGAAAAUUUAGAUUGGCAGUGUAUUUACUUAUGUGUGUGUUUAGGCUAAGCAUCGAAUUUAUGCGUAAUCCACAUAACAAACAAUUUACUUACAUAUUAUGAAGAAAAGACAGUUCGUGAAACCAAAAGUUCGAUACAGUUAACCGUGACAGCACCUAACCUCAAUUGGAUAAAAAAAAUGGAGCUACCGCAGCCUCCGCAAGAUCAAGAUCUACGCAACAUUAUCGACAAACUCGCUCAGUUUGUCGCUAGAAAUGGGCCAGAGUUCGAGAAAAUGACCAAGACCAAACAGAAGAACAACCCGAAAUUCAGCUUUUUGUAUGGCGGGGAGUACUUCAACUAUUACCAGUACAAAGUGACUACAGAGCAAGCAAUUCUAAAGCAAUCGGCCGGUGGCCAGCCGGCUCCUGCUCCCGCCGGGGCUUAUAUGGCACAGAACAGGCAAUAUGUAAUGCCCCAACAGGCCGGCGCAACGGCCGCCCAGCUCGGGCUCGCGGCGUCGAUGGCGGUGGCGCCCGCGCUGCAGCAGUGGUUGGCGGCCAACUCCGCGCCGGCGCCGCCGCACCCUAACAGUGAAGUCGAAAACGUGAACACCCAGAUUGCACUCCUAAAAGAACAAAUAACUCAAUCAGAAAAUAAUCUGAAUGCACAACACACGGUGUUGAUUCAGCAACAGCAGGUUAAGAUCAAUGAGUUGGUGAGCAAGGCUCAGGUGGAGACCAUCCAGUUGAUGGCAGAAGAGAACAAUGUCAACCUCGCUGAACUUGACAGUAUAUUACAACCGAUCAUAGACACUUGCACUAAAGAUAGCAUUUCAUCAGGCAAAGGUUGGAUAUUGCAGCAUGCCACGUCAUUUGAUGCAGGCAAAGUGAUAGCUCAGCAUCUGCUCCGUAAAGUGACGCAACCAGGAGCCGCUUUCACCCAGAAACUCCACAUCAUAUACCUUGUCAACGAUGUCCUCCAUCACUGUGCACGCAAAAACGCAGAAGAUCUCAAGAAAAAUUUGGAAAAUGUGGUGGUUCCAAUGUUUUGCAAUGCCAGUAUAGCCGUCACAGAAGAGCAGGAGGCUAAAUUGAACAAGCUGCUCCGGCUUUGGGAGUCCAAGUCUAAUUAUUUCGAGACAGCCGUCAUUGACAAGAUGAAGAGCCCCACCAGUUCGUACCAGGAGUAUCAGAAUAACUUGAUCGCUCAACACUCCAAUGCAAUAUCUCACUUGACACAGCAAACAAAAACAACUUUUGAAAACUACCAGUCACAGCACCAAGCGUUUGUAACGCACACAAUGCAACAAAUACAGCAAUUUGAAAUGCAAAAACGCGCCCUUGAAAUACAGAAUUUGGAACAAAAAGAAAACAUGCAACAGCAGAACAAUGUACAGAAUAAUAACUUUCAAAAUAAUAAUUAUGAUCAGAACUUUUCACAAAUGGGGAAUUAUGACCAAAGUUUCAAUAGUAAUAAUAAACAUUACGGGAGUGAGAGCGGCGACAACUAUGCUUCCAAUAACAGUUUGAGCGGAAACGAGAACAGUUAUGACAGUCAAAUGUUUGAUCAAAUGUCGGGUCAUAAACAAAAAGUUGAGAAUGAGAUUGAAGAGCCAGAUUUGUCCCAUCUGCCGAAUAUAAAUUUCUCCUUACCACCGCCUGGGUUUGAGCCAAAUGAAAACUCAGCAUUACGAGCAUUCCAGAAUGGUCUUCCAGAUCUUAGUAAGCCCCCACCUGGAUUCCCUCCGUUCCCUGAAAUCAAUAAUGAGGACUUAAUGCCCUCAGUACCUUAUUUCGAAUUGCCUGCAGGAUUAAUGGUUCCUCUUAUAAUGUUGGAAGACGACAGAUAUAAGCCGUUAGAUCCCGCGCACAUAAGACUGCCGCCGCCGGCGCCGCCCAACGAGCGACUCCUAGCCGCCGUGGACGCCUUCUACGCCGCGCCCAACCAUGAGCGACCAAGGGACAAUGAGGGCUGGGAGAAACUUGGUUUGUAUGAGUAUUACAAAGCCAAAAAUGCAGCUAGGAAAAAUAAAGAGGAGGCUAUUGCUCAAGGGAGACGGCAGAAAUCAAAAUCUCCGAGCCCAAUACCUAAAGACUUACAGAAGCAACCCACCCCACCUGGUAGAAGAUAUAGGUCAAAAAGUCGAACGCCAGAAAAGCGAUCUCCAGCUAAAUCAAAAUCGAGGUCACCUUCCCCCAAAAGAAAACCGUCGUCCUCAUCAUCUUGGCGAAGAGAAAGGGAACGAGAAGGUCGCAGAAGGUCGAGGUCACGGUCAAGGUCGAGGUCACGCAGCAAGUCUCGGGAGCGCGAGCGACAUCGCGACUCUCCAAGGUCGAGGCGAGUAGAACGAUCGCGGUCGCCCACGCCGCCUAGCUUUAUGGGCAGCGGGGGAUCACUCCCAAGUACAUCAAGUGGCAUAGAUUCCACCAACAAAGGUCACCAGCUGCUACAGAAGAUGGGCUGGAGUGCGGGCGGACUCGGCGCCGCCGGGCAGGGCAUCGCCGAGCCUAUCAGCGGAGGCACCGUCAGGGACAAACAAGAUCAGUAUAAAGGUGUUGGUGUAAAUCUAAAUGACCCUUAUGAGAACUUCAGAAAGAACAAAGGUGCUGCAUUUAUAACGAGAAUGAAGGAAAGAGCUCUAGAGCGUUCAUCGUGAUCGCUGUUGUAGGAUAAGAUUGGUGUAAAUGUGUACAAUGCGAGCAAUGAGUGUGAGAUAAUGGUUUAUUUUAUCUAAAUCGUCAAUAAACUUUAUUAAUAUUA